AAAAAAAGAGAACAGGUGAUUGGUAAAUAAAAUGGGUGCAGAUGGCGUGGGCGGUGAAGAACGGGGCUUGCCUGCUCCGCAUCCCUGCCCCGAUCGGUGCUUCCGAGCAGGCGACUCCGCCGACCUGGACGAGCUGCCUGGCUGCUCCUCACGGGGGCUCCGCCGUCGGCGUCGGAGCCCCGGAGCUUCUCGUACGCGGUGAAGCAACAGUGGAAGAGAGGGGGAGAAGGUGCGUGGGCGCGACCCGGAGCGGUGGCAACAUGGUCGUCCGCAAGCUCCAAGGUGUUCAGACCGAUUCCAAUUCCAAAUCUGCUCUUAAUCGUCAAUUCGGACGGACGAUCUAAAUCGUUUCCAAUACGAACCCAACUCAACCCAGGCUCCGCCAGCACGCCGUUAUCCGCCUCAUAAAUUCUGAUUUGCGGUCUGCUGUCAACAACAAGGACAACCAUGGAGGGUUUCUUCCAGCCGCCCACCGUCGAUGCCGCAGCAACCAGAAUCGCAACCCCCACUUCAACCGCCGCCGCGGCUAGCCCCACCAUCGAUGUUGCUGCAACCACGGGCAGCCCCCGCUAUCCCGCCUGGGUUCUCCUCGAGCCAGGGGCCUUCUACGACGACGGCGAGAACGCCACCACCGCUGAAGCCGAGACGAGCACCGGCCACAACGUCAAGGUGACCUUCCGUCUUGCAGAUCCACCGGCUCUCUCCCGUGUCUCCGUUGACAUGCCUGAGCUCGACAUCGGGGGCUACGGCCUCCAACCCGAGGUUGUUUUCUCGGCGAAGGACCUCGUCCUCCUCCGCUUCGCCUUCACCGUCGGCCCCCGAAGCACCCGACUCAAUCCUCAUCUGGCUGAAUACUUCGUCUACAAGACUGGCCGUGGUAAGCCGUCGCUUACUCCGAUCCCGACUACCCAUAGGCCUGACAAGACUAAAUCGUAUGCCAGCAUCUUGCCGUGCCACGAAGAUGAUGGGAAUUUUCUUGUGGCCGAUCUUGCUAUGACACGGAAUAUUGGGCACUACACCCUCCACAUCUUCUCUUCCAAGACGAACAAGUGGAUCUCAAGGCCGUUAGAGUUGCAGUUCUCUCCUGUCGUGACGGAAGACCUGCCCAGCUUACCCCACAAGGUGAUUGCGCUCGGAUCACGUACAAUCGGCUGGAUCGACCUUUGGCGAGGCAUUGUCGUUUGCGAUGUGUUUGAACGACACCCUGUUCUCCAUUUUAUUCCACUACCAAAGCCUGAAUUGAACUUGCGCAGGGAAAGUGACCCGCAGCAAAUCCGUGAUGUCACUUGUUGUAAUGGUGUUAUCAAGUUUGUUGAGAUAGAGCAUAAUGAGACACUUGUUACUGUUGAGAGCAAUAAGAAGUUGAAUUUCAAGACGACGACGGAUCUUGACAGCGUAGAUAUUAUCUAUGAUUCAGAGCUCUUCUUAGUCGAUGAUGAUGAUGAUGAUGAGGAUCUCAUGGAAGAGGAAUCCACUUAUUACUCUGAUUCUUGGAAGAUCCGGACAUGUUUUAGGCAUACCUCUUGGAACCAUUGGCGCAAGGGGCACACCGUUCAUGUUGAUGACAUCUUGGUCAAUUACCCAAGGCAUUAUAUGAUGUUGCCUGAGCUGUGGGAUGCUGACAUUGGAAGAUACACACUGAGGAACCUGAGAAUUUGUUGCCCGGCCCUUAGCAUUGAUGGUAGUGAUGUGGUCUACCUUAUUUGUAAGGUCGGGGCUUAUGAUACGAAGAAAUGGAUUGUUGGUGUCGACCUUGGAAAGAAGACAGUUGAAGAACUUGAACAAUUUUCUGCUGGGAGAUACAGUUUGUACCAGAAGGCCUUCCUUGCCUUUGCAUUCUCCAGAUAUCUGAAUGCUACAAGGUCAUGUGCGCCGGAAGACAGUUCUGGCCGGAAUUUUCUGCCAAAUGAUCAUCAUAUGACAGGAUAUAUUAUUCAAAACAAUCUGCAGAACACGCAGACUGUAAGUGGCUACUAUAGUGAACAUGGUCAUGCUACGCCCCCAGGCUUCAACAACUACCCAAUCCAGCCACAGUUCGUUGUACACCCGUGCUCUUUUCCACGAAGCCUGCAGCCCAAUUUGACAUCGUCGGCAUUAGGAUAUGUUCAUCCUGUAAGCGCCGAGUCGAUGUACCCAGUGAUGAACACUGACCCCCACGGCCAAGUAUGGAUCUCAAGGCCGCUGGAGAAUAACCGCUUCCUAUCUCAGAUGCCAGCGCCCCCGGCUGUGCCCUUCAAUACACAGAUGCAUUUGCCACUAGAUGGCCGCUUCAUGUCACAGCUGCCUCCGAUGCGACCAUCCCUGGCUGUGCCCUUCAACGGACCAAUGAAUCAGGUGUGGAUGCAACCAUCCACAUACGUACCCUUUACCCAACCCCAGCUGUUCCUGCCUCCUGCAUAAUUUGCAGAUUUGUAGAGUAUUGACAUGUAAUUUAACUAAGUUCUCUCUCAUGCAAGUUAUUUAAGGAAUAUCUCGAUGUUGUACUGCCGUGUUAACAAGAACAGAGAGUUUGUUUAUCAUGGUUGUGUUUCGUGGUAGGAGGUGUUAA